AUGGCGGUGCCGAAGGAGUGGACCGACACGUGGAACCUAUUUGACGAGCGCAAGACGGGCAGCGUGAGCCAAACAGAUGUGAAGCACAUCAUCCGCAGCCUGGGCCGCCGCUACACAGAGGCGGAGUUCAACGAGCUGCUGCACGGCAUCCCUGACCCCGUGCCGUACCAGAGCUUUGUCACACUCAUGCAGAAGCCAUACAACGGGCCGUCAGAAGACGACCUGCGAACGGCCCUCCGCGCCUUUGACGCGAGUGACUCGGGUCGGCUGAAGCUGUCGGAGCUCAUCACGCUGCUGACGUCGCUGGGGGAGAAAAUGCCAGAGCAUGAGGUGAAGCAGUUGCUAGCGGAGGUGCGCACUGAUGAUGAGGGGCGAGUCGAGAUCGAUGAGCUGGUGCGGUUCCUCUGCACACCGGUGCCGACCAUGACACCGGACAUUGCGGAGCUGCAGAAACAGCUUGCCACCACCGCGUGA